UUGACAGAGGCGGACCAAUCAGGCAGCGAGCUGCCGGGCAGCGAGUAUAAAGUCCGGAGAGUUUCGGCUCUCAGCGGCAGAGAUCGCUUCUCACGGAGACUCGCGCGGCACGGACUUACUCUGACUUUGCGAAGCCUUCACGGACCUUUGGACCGGGCUGGAUUACCGCUCGCGGGGCCUUUAUUCCGGGACUGUAACGCUGUGGAUAUUUGUCUUUACCCUGGACCUUGUGGAUUAUUUUACUGACUUCAGCAUGACUCUGGAGGAGUUAGUUGGAUCCAACAGCACCGAGAAAAGGAUGGAGACGGUGAGUCAGGCUCUGGAGGAGCUGCUGGUCGCGGCGCAGCGGCAGGACCGCCUCACGGUGGGAGUCUACGAGUCCGCCAAACUCAUGAACGUAGACCCGGACAGCGUGGUCCUGUGCGUCCUCGCCACCGAUGAGGAGGACGAAGACGACAUCGCGCUGCAGAUCCACUUCACGCUGCUGCAGGCUUUCUGCUGCGACAACGACAUCAACAUCCUGCGGGUGUCCGGCAUGAGGCGGCUGGCUCAGCUGCUGGAGGAGGACACCGAGGACAGCAACGGCAACGAGCCCCGGGACCUGCACUGCAUCCUGGUCACGAACCCUCCGGUGCAGCCGCUGCAGUGCCAGGCCCUGCAGAGCAUCGGCAGCUUCUGUGACGAGAGCCGCUGCAGGAACCAGUGGGUGCCCUGCCUGGAGCUGCAGGACCGCUGAGCCGGGCCGGGCCGAGCCGAGCCGAGCCGGACCGCUGCGGAGCGGUGAGAACGAGCGGAAACAGUCCAGACAGCCGCGCUCCUGCUGAGGAGGAAUAACGGCGUUUGAGUGGAGAGAGGGACCGGACCGGACCGGACCGGGGCCUUCCUGCUGCCUGAUUGGGUGAUUGAUUUGGCCGGGGGCGCGUGAGAUGCCGGAACCGGUACCGGACGGGUUCUGAGAGGAGGACUCAGGUCCUGGAGCUGCAGAGAGGCGAAGAUGUGUAAUGAAAUGUCACGUGACCGAGUGACAGCAGCUGGAUGUCACGUGACCGAACUGAACCGAGGAGCUGCACGUGACGCUCCGGACUACCUGAGCCGCAGGUGCUGCAGCUGCUCACCUGUCUGCUCACACCUGAACUGAGGACGUCACAGGAUGCGUGACGUCACGUUUUAGUAUUUCUUGUCAUUAGUGACGCAAUGGAGUUCCACACUGACGUGACAGCUGACUAUUUAAAGAGCAGAGUAAUAUAUGUGACGUGUUUAUUUAAACUAUGUGCUGAAUAAAUUAUUGAAAGAA